GCUGAAGCUCCCCUUUUCAUGACACAAUCGGGCAUAUACUGAGUGGCGAUGGACAUUGCAAGUCUCCGUCUGCGUAUAAUCCAUCUCCAGCCCCGUCUUUGUGUCGGGUGCGGAUAGCUUCAUCUCUCCGAUCAAGCACCCUUUUGAGAAAAGUUUGUCUUUACGUCGAUGUUACACCAUAUUGCUGUGUAGCUAUCUGUUGCUUACAAAUGACUUGUUUUUUAGGUUAUUCAUCUUAUCUUCAACUAUACGUGAUGGAUGAAUCGCCAAAUUGUCCCGUCGUUUCUCGUUUUUUUUCUUCCCACGCUCGAGUGCUCUACUUAGCCGUCCGAAUUAUCUCAGGGAGCCUCUACACUUUUAUCCUGUGCUUUUCAGCUAGGAGACUAUGCGAUGUAUGCGGCUUCAUGGACGGCCUCAUCGUCCUCUUGUGUCUGCUUUCCUUGACGUAUAGUACCGUGGAUCUCAUUUACCCUUCGCUGUUGGAUUCGAAAUUAAGUAUUUAUGCGAGCACGCGGUUUCGUUGCGAUAUUAUACUAUGUCUUGCUUUUACGAUUGCUUCGACGGCGUUGAGGAGAGAUAUUUUGGAAAAGGAGUAUGAGGAUGUGUAUUGGGAGAGAGAUGCUAGUUUGGAUGAGAUGCGGCGCAUUUCGUCGAUUUUAGCUGGCUUUGCGAGUACGUUUCAUAUGGGCAUUUGUGUGUGGCAGCCCCUAUAAGACAUGUUUGUGAGAACGAUUGAUAUCGAGUUUAAUGAAGCCUUCGCGGUGGAUAUGAGUUUAGUAUUUGCCGCACAAUACGAUGAUACGCCUUUACGAGACGCUGGAUACUAUUAAAAUAUAUCUUGAUUGAUUAGUUGAGGGUUAUAAGAUAUUUCACGUUAUAUCAGAGUGUCGAUAAUAUUAGAGUGUUGAUAAUAUCAGAGUGUUAAUGUUAGUGGCCUGGAAGCUGGGCGUCUGCUUAGAAGCACGCAAGUCAAGUUAGUUUUUGUGACUUGAACAAGCUAUAUCAAGAAGAAGCCUCCUCUUAUUUGUUGAGGCGCUAAGAGAUGACUACAGUCUUUAGUGUGUACAUGACUGCGUG